CGAUACUGAGACAAAACAAACACAACAGUAAAACUAACUACGAAGCAGAUGCUUCACCAUUGUCUCACCCUAAACCCUUCGCCGUCUCCGUCGCCGUCGUCGCUUCCCAAUUCCCAUUAUUACUCUCAAUCUCAAAUCCAAGCUGAUUCCGCCGCCGCCAAUGGCGACCGUGGAGGAGGAGAUACAGCUAGCUUGGCCAGCACUCAACCCUCUCCCAAUCUAUCUCGCGAGUAUUCCAUCGCAAUUCAAUCCAAUUCCUACCAAGAGAUUCGUUCCACAGUCGAAAUCCAUUACCAAGAUCAAAACGCCGUCGUUUUAGAACGAGUCCUUAACCCUAACCGCGAUUGCAUCGAAGAGGCUCUCCGUUAUGCUAAGCCCAAUACCCUAACAAGACUCGUCUCCGAUUACUUCGAUCACAGCGAGUACACAUCCCAACUCUGUCUCAAUCUCCAGCACGCCGUGUUCCGUGCUCGCGAACUUUACUCGCCUCUACACGAACUCCUCCAAAUCCUUCCAGAAGAUUCGGACUCUCUAUCUCAAUCCCAAUGCAAUUGGGCCUACGAAAUCUUCGUUAAGUUCGAUUCUUUUCAAAAUCCCUUUUCGUUUUCCGACGAUUCCCACCACCACAGCUUCGAUCACAUCCGCGGUUGUUUCUCGAAUCUCAGACAACGUCUCGAUCGUCGCCUCCGAAAGUCUCGAUCUUUGAUUAGUCUUCUCUUUGAGACUGCUUUCUGUUCUAGACCUGUGGCUCUCACUACCAGAGCUCUUACUUCCCUUGUGGUCUGUACUAAUGCAUUGCCUAUGAGGAAAAGGGCUUCUCGCUUUGCUCAAUUGGAUGCUGCAGCUAAAGGUACUUUUGCUCUUAAUGAGGAUUUGAUUACUUUGAAGAGCCUUGUGGAUCGUAUGCAAACGACCAUUGAGGAAGAUAAGAUUUCUGUUCAGAUGGGUUUGAAUUGUGGUGGAGAAAGGUAUCUCAUACAAGAAGUGGUUAAACAGCUUAGACAGAACCAAUCAAAAUUUAUUCAUCAGCUUGAUGAUUUAGAGACUCAUAUAUACCUUUGUUUCAACACUGUUAAUAAAGCUAGAACUCGGCUCUUACAACAGAUUUAUCUUCAUCAAACUUCAUUGCUAGGAGAUACCAUACAAACGGAAAAGACUUGACUUGGCUGGUGGCCACUCAAUUUUUUAUCACCAAAUGUUUCAUUUACAGGACUUGAAUUUGAUUACUGUUAUUCAUGAUCAUAGCUUAAAGAGAAGGUUGUGAACCAUACCGAAAAUUUUGUUGUGGAAAUCUCAUUGUUAUAAGGAUUAUGACCAACAAUGGAAGUUCAUUGAUCCAAAAGUGAAUAGGAGCAAGAACAAGGAAACAACAUGUCUUAGUCUUGUCAAUUCACUUGUCCUGAAAAGUUUUGAUACUGAUUUGUACAAACGAGAUAACCAAUUCUUUGAUAGUUGAAUAAAGAAUAAAACUUACUACAAGUUUUGAUAAAUUUGAUUGUAUGUAAUAAUAAUACAUGAAGAGACACAUUUGUCUGUAAACUGUACUGACAAUCCAAUCAAUACAAAUACAAUACACUUUUGGUAAA